AUGUAUACAGCCAGUGUAAGAAGUGGUUUUGUUGUAGGGUUGUAUAACGGAAUGAUUAUUGUAUUAGCGGUAUCAUUUUCAUUGUUCCUAAUAGGAGGAUACAGCUAUUUGUUUAUUAUAUUUGGGAAAUUCACAAAAUCUGGUAUAAAGACAGAUUUUACGGUCAUAUCAAAAGCUAAAAUAUCAUUUUCCAUCUUAAACCUAUUUACUUACUUAUACGAUUUGGGUUAUGCCAUAAAAAGGAAAUUAUUUGGCUAUAACAUGCUAUGCAACAUGGAAUAUUAUAUCAAAAAUCAGAAGAAUCUUUUAAAAUCUGGAGAUUACAGGUUUGUUGAUUCCAAGACAAUUUUUUACGUUAGACAUGGUCAAUCAAUGACUAAUCAAGCCACAACUAAUUUUUAUACUAAUCCUUUUAAAGGAUUCAAGGAAAUUCUAACUUUUAUAGCGAUUGAAACGUUUCUAAUAUUCUCAUCUCACACCAUUUUCUUUGACUCGCCCCUAAGCUUACUCGGCAUCAAUCAGUGUGAUAUGUUGAGAUCAUUUAUAUUCAAUAAUUCAGAUGAACAAAAGGAUGAUCUGGACAUCAUUAUCAACUCUAGCACGGAGGAUAUUGCCUGGUUUGUAUCAGAUUUACGUCGUGCACAGACUACGCUGAUUUUGUCAUUUUACGAUCGAUUGAAAGACAAAAAGGACAAGAUUUACACGGACCAAAAUCUAUCAGAAUGUACGUUGAAUCCAGAUUGUAUAUCCAUCAGUCCAGUGGGAUCAUGUAUGAAAAAGAACAUGUCAUUGAUUGAUAGGGAGACUGUGGGCACCAAAGUUAACGAGAUUAUGGAGAAUUUUGUUGAAAAUAACUUCGACUUUGAGAAACAGAACUACAUGGACAUACUUACAAAGAUGAACAAUUUUAACGACCGUAUCUUCUCUAUGAGUGCCAACAAUAUCGUAAUUGCUGGACACAGCAGAUGGCUUAGAAUGUAUAUGAAUUUGUUCCUAGAGCCUGAUAAACCUGACAUUCUAAAGGAGAAAAAAAUACAAAACUGUUCCCUUAUAAAGUACAAACUUGAAAGGUUCGAAACCAAAAGUGGUAACCACAUUUAUUUCAUAAAACCUGAUAGUCAAAAAUUUAUUUACGGUACUAUAGUAAAUGAGAAAUAA